AUGAGCCAGAAGGAGCAGAGUUGGACACAACACAACCCGAUAGCGCAGACCGCAGGCGUCAUCAGCCUCCUUGGUCCAACAGCUGCUGACUUUCUGCAAGGCUAUGUCACCAGCGACACCAGUCGACUGCAACCGGACCAGGCACUGCCCAUGGCCAUCUGCAAUCUCAAAGGGCGGGUAGUCGCCAGCGGCUGGUUAUUAGGCAACACUGCUGGUGUCGACUUGCUGGUACACACAAGCCUGGUGGAACACGUGCGUACGUUCCUGAAACCCUACGUGACGUUCUCUAAAUGCACAUUUGCAACUGACCCGGGCAAAACCGUAGCGGUUAAUUCUGCACAAGCCACGAUCGUUCUGGCGCCGGGUCUGAAGGUGCAGGUUGAUGGUUCGGCACAAGACCUUGAGGACUGCUCAGAGCCGGUUAAUGCCUGUCUCAUCGACAUGGGUUUUGCAUUUGUCAGCAAACCCGUCAGCGAACAAUUUCUGCCACAGGUACUAAAUCUGCAUAACCAGGGUGCGGUGGAUUUUGAUAAAGGCUGUUACCUGGGCCAGGAAAUUGUCGCCCGUGCGCAGUUUCGUGGUGCGGUGAAACGACACUUGAUCAACUUCAACGACCCUGCCCUACCCCAGGUUGGAGACGCCUGGGGAGACAGCGGCACGGUCAUCACCAUCGACGCUACAGGUCACGGUCUGGCGAGCGUCAAAGCAGAAUAA